CUCCCUCACCUGGUAUCGGCGUCCCUCUUACCUGCCACUCACACGGCCCAGGGCAAGAUGGCGACGCGAGGUGAGGAGAGGUGAGGAGGAGAAUAGUCUGAAGGACCCGACGAGGAGGAAGAGGAAGAAGACGAGGACGAGGUCGAGGACUGAGGGCGGCGGUAGGAUGGAGGGGCGGACGCUGCUGCUGCUGCUGCUGCUGACGGCGACGGCGACGCUGGCCAUCAAAGACGCGCCCCGACGCACCGUACAGAAGUCGUCGGAGCAGAAGUCGGUGAAGGUCGGCGAGGAUGUGAAGAUGUCGUGCCCUAUUGAAGGCAACCCCCAGCCCAUCUACGAGUGGACGAAGGGCGAGGACGUGAUCCCGGAAGAGGGCUGGGAGCGCAUCAGGGUGCAGAUGAAGACGCUCAAGAUCCGUGAGGUGACGACGGCGGAUCAGGGCGUGUACGUUUGCUCGGCGGUCAACGGCUUCGGCAAGGAGAUCUUCACCUUCACCCUCGCUGUCACAGAUCCCCUCUCCGGCUCCUCCACGGUGACGGGCUCCCUCCCCGGCGGCCUGCCCCCGGAGUUCACGCAGCUCCUCCCGCCGGGCGCUGGCAAGAUCGACAAGCCGGUGGGCCACAACGUGAAGCUCAAGUGUCAGGUGACCGGCGUGCCCGAGCCCUCCAUCACCUGGUUCAAGGAUGGGCUGGAGCUACACGAGGGUUCUCUGGGGUUGGAGUCCCGCCUCACCCGCCACUACCUGCACCUGAUAAACCUGACGCCACAGGACGCCGGCACUUACACCUGUGCUGCUGCCAACCCCCUUGGAGCCGCAGCUGCCAACUGGACGCUCAGAGUCAUCGACCAAGCCCAUCCAACCGAGCCAGAGUUCAACCCCAUAGAGCCCGCCAACACAACAGUAGCAGUAGGAAGGUCGGCCACGCUGCAGUGUAGUGGAAACUCUGAGGUGGCUCCACAUAUUAAGUGGCUGCGACGCCUUGAGGACGGUUCUCGGGAAGCUGAACACAUCCCAGACAAUGAGACCCUGAACUGGAAGGGCCACCGCUACGUCGUGCUGCAGCCCACGCAGGUGCUCACCCCUGGGGAUGGAUCCUUCUACACAAAGUUGGUGAUACCUCGUGUGACACGGCAAGACGUUGGCGUCUACGUCUGCACGGCCACAAAUAACUAUGGGCUGGCCUACAGGCAGGCCCACCUUUCUGUCUACGAUGAGUCUUCAGGUAGCAAUACACUGCUGCUGGUGGUUGGCCUGGCCUGUGUGGCUGCUUUAGUCAUAGUGAUUAUCAUCAUUGCGAUGGUACGCAGAGUUCAGAACACCAAGCCACCACCUCCACCAAGUUCCAAUGAGAGUGCCCUGCUACCCCCACCACCAAUGAGUCAAGCUAAGGUUCAGCCACCACCAUCCCACCACCCACGCUAUGUCCCUGGGAUUCAUAACAACCAGCAGCAAACACCACAUGGCCACUCAGUGGGUCCAGAGGGACCAUUGCUACAAUAUGCUGGUGGCAUGGUGCACCUUCCCCCACAGUCCUCUAUGACAGGGAGUGGUCAAGGAGCUCAGCCUAUCAUUGUGUAUCAAGAUCCGGCCACAGCAGCCUCUGUAUAUAUUGCACAGCGGCCACCGACACAAGCGACCUCAACAAACAGACCCGAGUAUCAGUACCAGCACCUGGACGUUAUAUGAUCACGGGGAAAGGUAGUGUAGUGUGGACAGUGUCUGCUGUGAUUGUGAUGGACACCAUUGACCAGUUGAACUCUGUGUACUAAUUCAGUGUCGUGUUCUCAGUGUUUCUGAAGUGGAACACAAAAAAGUUUAUAUGUUUUGAAAAUAACAUAUAUGUAUUACUGUAUUAUAUAAAUUCUAGUGUUAGGUAUUGACUUUCUCAGCAAGAAUCUGUGAUAAAAAUGAAAAUUACAAACAAGAAUUUUUGUUUUCACCGUCAGUCCAUAAAACAGUGCAUUAUGCCACAAAUGUGAAAAUGCUUCGAAAAUAUGCUGUACAGUGUAAGCAGACAAGAACUCUAGUCGACCAUAAUCUAUUAAGUUAGUGUACCGUACUUCAGUAUAAUUUUUGCAUGGUCUAUCCACACCUAGUUCAUACAUUUAAUUUUUCAGAGGAUAGCUUGGUAUGAAUUCAGUUCUUUCUCAUAUAUUAUAAACUGCAGUGUCAAGAAUAUUACCAGCAAGAUCAUAAAUAUUUUUACAUGUAGUUUAUAGUGACUAAUUAAGGACAACAGUGAGGCAAAGUAAGAUUACAAAAUACUUCAUAGUUCAUUAGAUUAUCUUUAUUGAAGCAAAUGAAGUCUAGUCAUACACUAUUGUCAAUGGUUUUGAAAUCUCUACACUUGUGUACAGUAAACUAUAGUCAUACAAUUUAUAUGUAUUUACUCAUUCCAUGUUUGAAAGUACCCUUUAUUUUUCUUAUGCAAAGAAUUAGGUUUCUUUCUAAACAUAUUAAAGAAUGAAUUAUCAAUUAUGUGUCUUAUGUGUGUGCCAAAGGUAUCAGAAACAUUUAUUUCAUAAUAAUUUUUAUAACUUU